UGCUCACAUGCUGAAAUUAAAUUCGCUUUCUCCCUCACUGCGCAUAUUCCCCUUUCUCAAAAUUGCUGUGGGAGCGAUCGCAUAGCUCACAGUUUGCUUGAGCCAUCUUCUUUCCGUCUUCUAGCUAUCUCUAACAAGCGCAAUCGUCACUCGGGCCAUUUAACAGCGCCCCACCAAAGCCUCCCACCAACAUGUCAAGCACCGCAGACGCCGUUAUCGAGAAGCUGCCCUCCACAGCGGAGCUCAAAGAAGAUGCUAAAGUGGCGACCAAGUCCUCGCUUCAGUCGCUACGAGCGCUGAUAGCUGGAGGUGUGGGUGGUGUUUGCGCCGUCAUCGUGGGACACCCCUUCGACCUGGUCAAGGUGCGCAUGCAAACAGCAGAGAAGGGCGUAUACAGCGGAGCUAUGGACGUCGUAAGGAAGACAAUAGCAAAAGAAGGUGUGGCUAGGGGUCUAUAUGCGGGUGUUUCUGCGCCUCUUGUCGGUGUUACACCAAUGUUUGCCGUCUCAUUUUGGGGUUAUGACCUCGGCAAGCAGCUUGUAUCCAGUGUGUCAAAGGUUGAGAAUAACCAGUACAGCGUCGCUCAGGUUUCCGCCGCCGGCUUCUUCAGCGCAAUCCCCAUGACAAUCAUUACCGCACCCUUUGAGCGCGUGAAAGUGCUUUUACAGAUUCAAGGUCAAAAACAGCUAGCGCCUGGUGAGAAGCCCAAAUACUCUGGCGGUCUCGAUGUUGUGCGACAACUCUACAAGGAGGGUGGUAUCCGCUCAGUCUACCGUGGCUCUGCCAUGACAUUGGCGCGUGAUGGACCAGGCUCAGCUCUGUAUUUCGCCACAUACGAAGUUGUCAAGCGCAACCUCACACCAAAGGAUCCAGUCACAGGGCAGCCUGGCUCAUUGAGUAUGGGUGCCGUGAUGGUCGCUGGUGGUGCUGCAGGUAUUGCCAUGUGGAUACCAGUGUUCCCAGUCGACACCAUCAAGUCCCGCCUGCAGAGUGCAGAAGGCCGACCAACAAUCAGCGGAACUAUCAAAGGCAUCCACGCAAGUGGUGGUCUCAAAGCUUUCUUCCCUGGUAUCGGACCCGCCAUGGCACGAGCAGUGCCUGCAAACGCUGCUACAUUUGCUGGCGUAGAGCUGGCACAGAAAGCAAUGACGAAGAUGUUCGACCGAGACGUCGAAUAAAAAUCCCCAUGCACUCCUACAUGAAUUCUCUACGACGGACAUUUUAUUUUCCGAUUAUGGUCAUAUUUGUUGAUUUCGACAGGUUGGUGGCAUUGCAAUGGCGUUUUUAGACUCGCCGCAACACAUAGCUAUAGAGCAAGGGGGUUUCUAGAUGAACUCUUCUCUACGCGUGUCUCCAAUAAAUUAUUAUUAUCCAC